GAUAAUUUUAUUGGUGUCAGUUGUUGAGAUAAAUGCAUUCAAUCAAGUACUUUAAGUAAUAUGACUACAGCACCUGUGAUUUCACCAUACAUCGGUUGUUGGAUCGAAUCGAAUUGCUUAGUUCCUGGUGCGUACCAUGUGGGUACCGGCCACGGCAAAGAUGUAUACAUCAUUCGGGCCCAUUUUAAUGGUGCAACAUUGUCAGGCAAGUACGUUCACAAUUACGGAGCUUUCGUAGCUUGGGGUGGACAAGAACACAGAAUGUCGCAGUUCGAAAUGUUGUGUCACUCACAAUUGAAAUGGGCAAAUUGUUAUGGUAGUAUGGUUCCUCAAAAUGCUUUUGUUGGCGGAAUAAGUGAAACCGGAGAACAAUUGUACAUCGGAAAAUGUUACCACGAGGGGAAUAUCGUUGUAGGAAAAGUGCAAAGAAGUCACGGAGUUUUGUACUAUCCAUGGAGAGGUCGCGAGUAUAAUACCAAAUCGUUUGAAAUUUUGGUUGUCUAAAUGUAAAAUUUAAUAAAUAAAGCUAAG